AUGUUGUUGCACACUCUUAACAAGCUAGAGAAGCAUAGUCCAGUGGUCAAGAUAAGGGCAAAUAUACCUGACUCUAUUUUGCAUCACAUACUAUUCUUCCUACCUGCGAAAGAUGCAGCUCAAACUAGCGUGCUUUCCAAGACAUGGCUAAAAGUUUGGAAUUUGCUUCUUUUUUUUACAUUUGAUUUCGAUCAAAACCUUUACUUAAGGAAAUUAGGAAAAGAGGAAUCACAACAAGUUGAUGUCACAGAUGCUUUCUCAAGUAUUGUAGAUGGCUCAUUGAUGAACCUCCGCUUCCAAAAAGCAAUAAUUGAGAAAUUCAGGCUUUCUCUUAAACUUUCGUGUUUGAAGAAUGCCUUUUGCAUCGACGAAUGGAUAAGAAUGGUCACCAAUAACUGCAUCAAAGAAUUAGACCUUGAUAUUACGAGACUAGAUGCUAAAGAAGAUUGGUACAGUUUGCCAGGUACUGUAUUUACAGCUAAAUCACUGAUGGUUCUGAGACUACGCGGUCUUAAGCUAGAGUGGCCUCUAAUUGUCAAUCACAUAAAUCUUUCUAAAUUGAAGGAGCUAUCUCUAACUGAUGUCUUUUUGGAGGAACGGAUAAUCUUAGAAAUUUGUUCUGCCUGUCCAGAGAUAGAAGAUUUAAGGCUUAUCAGGUGUCAGGGAGUAAAAGACCUAUUGACAUCUGAUCUUCCCAAUCUUCUGAAGCUUACAAUAGACCAGCAAUUUGAGACAAUUAAAAAAAGCAUUCAGAUUCGAGCUGUGUUUCUUCGUACUCUAUAUUACAGCGGAUGUAACAUCACGGUAAAGUUUGAUGUGAGUAAAUUCAAGCAUCUGAAAGAAUUGGGCAUAACAUUUGGGGAGAUUACCGACUCAAUAGUAGAAAAUAUUGUUGCUGAACUUCCCCUUCUUGAGGAAUUAGAAUUGAGCUUUUGUUUGAAGUCGAUGAGGCUUAAGUUUUCCAGUUGCGUGCUUAGAAAGUUGACAUUCUAUUCUACAAAGAGUCUUACGGAAAUUGGGAUGGACACACCAAACUUACUCCAUUAUACAUAUAGAGCUCCAAAAUUGCCCGUCAUAUUCUCUAUGACGCCAUCUUCUAUACAGGAAUCGUUUCUCCAGUUAAAGCCUGACGAUCAUCUCAACACAAUUUGGUUUGAAAAUUUGAGGGAACACUUAACUAGAUUCAAAAAACUGAAUUCACUGUUUCUGCGUAUUGAGUCAGCGACGGUAAGUGUGCACCUCCCAUUAUCACUUUGUUGUGUAAUGUUUAUUUUCGUUUCACUUGAUUUGUUUGUUGGGUUCAAAGUAUAUGAAAAAGUGUGAAUGAAAAAUGGUGGAGAAGGGAGACAUCAAUUUAGAAAGUGUACUCCCAAAUUGGGAAGUUU